CAAGAACAAGCAGUGCGGGACCCGGAGGUCCAGAGCAGGUCCCGAGCAGCACACUGUCGAGGCGGACACACUUCACCGUGUUUAGACUCUAGUUAUGAACUUGAGCUGAAGUUCCUCGCUCUGUGCGGAUUUACGGUAGAACUGCGACCUUUGGCAUUCUGGGAUCUUCGAGUUCGGUUCUGAUAUGGGCAGUAAAGCUUUACCGGCGCCGAUCCCGGUGCACCCGGCGCUUCAGCUCAACUACUCGCUCCUGCAGACGCUCAACACGUUCCCCGCCGCCGUGGAUCAUCUGUACGGCCUGAGCUCGCUCCAAACCAUGCAGAUGAACCACUGGACUCUGGGCUAUCCGCCCGUUCAGGGCCUCGUGGACCCGCGCUUCCCGUUCACCGCGGCUCUUCCGUUCGCCGCGCACCUCUUCCACCCCAAACACGGGUCCGUGACGCGCGUCGCUCCCGCGCUGCACAAGGACAGACCCAGGUUUGACUUCGCGAACCUCGCGGUGGCGGCCACGCAGCAGGAUCCGCCCAAACCGGGCGAGCUGGCCAAACUGUCCCCGGACCGAAAGCCCGCGCGCGGCAGACUGCCGUCCAAAAGCAAAAAGGAAUUUAUUUGUAAGUUUUGCGGGAGACACUUCACCAAAUCCUACAAUCUACUGAUCCACGAGCGCACGCACACCGACGAGCGACCGUACACCUGCGACAUCUGCCACAAGGCCUUCAGGAGACAAGACCACCUGCGAGACCACAGAUAUAUUCACUCCAAGGAGAAACCCUUCAAAUGUCAGGAGUGCGGGAAGGGAUUUUGUCAGUCGCGAACUUUGGCGGUUCAUAAAACCUUGCACUUGCAGGAAUCUCCUCACAAAUGCCCCACAUGCGGAAGAACCUUUAAUCAAAGAAGUAACCUGAAAACUCACCUUCUCACCCAUACAGACCUCAAGCCCUUCUCCUGCGGCCGCUGCGGGAAGCUGUUUCGGCGCAACUGCGACCUGCGACGCCACAGUUUGACACACAGCCCACAGCAGGACUACUAACUAGUGAACUAACGAGUGCUCUCGACACUCUGUUCAGGCGGACUCAUGUUUGAUGGACUCGCUUGCACCCAAACAGACUCUGUGAACUCAUGUAAAUAAAGUUUUUAUUGUUAUUUUUAUUAUCACCUGCAUCUGAACUCAACGCGUUUCGAUCUGUGUUCACAUCUGGGAGAAUUCAUCGUGUAAAUAAAGCGGCUGAUCUCCUCACACGAGCACAGGAUUAAUCCACUAUAUUUGAGUCAAAGACAAUAAAAUAUGAUUAAGAAGAGACGGACACAAUUCUGCUUUAAUAAAAGAGCUAUCUUUUUUCAAACGGCGACUGGACUUUUGUGUAAAAAAAACAAACUUCAAAUGUUCCCCUUUUUACAUUUUGUAAUAAUAAUCUUUUAUUUUAUUAGAAUUAAAUGUCCCGACAUGGUUAUAUAAUUUUAAUAAUUAUAUAUAUAUAUAUAUAUAUAUAUAUAUAUAUAUAUAUAUAUAUAUAUAUAUAUGAAUGUCAGCAGUGUCCUGCAGAACUAUUGGCUGCUGAGCUUUCAGACGAAUAGAACAUUUACAAUAAAAACUAUCAAUGUGUACAAAUAUUGUAUUAUAAUAUACUAUAAUAUUUAGCUGUCUGGACUUUCUGUGUUAGUUACAUCACUAAAAGUGUAACUGUCGAUUUAAUUUAGUUUUCUUUGCAUGUGAACUGAACUACUGUGGAGUUUGGCUUCGAGAUGAUUUCUGCUGUUUGAGCCGAUCAUUAAACAGAAA